UCCAAACCUACGGGCCUACGGCUGGCAGUCGGGCGACCAUUUUGCGCAUUUUAUUUUUAUUUUUAUUUUUUAUUUUUUAUUUACCUCGACAUCCUCACCUGGAUGUUGACCGGCAUUCCCGUCGAUCUAUCUCUCUUCCUAGACAAGCCGAACUUCAUUUUGGAGAAUUGCUCUAGAAUCUCCCGACUUCGAAACGUUCUAGCGUAGUGCGUCAGCGCCAUCUUAGUGGCCCUGACUCACCCUCCUCUUAGCAGUCCGUCCCAUCUACAGACACCUUCACCGUCGACUCGCCAUGUCUCGACACAAGCAUCAUCAGCCCUGUCGUGAGCUCCAUGUCGUUGUGCUGGGCGCCGGAGGUGUUGGAAAGAGCUGUUUGACUGCCCAGUUCGUUCACAAUGAGUGGAUCGAGAGCUAUGAUCCGACAAUCGAAGACACCUAUCGGACUCAGCUUCAGGUCGAUGGGAGACAAGUCGUCUUGGAAAUUCUGGAUACCGCAGGAACAGAGCAGUUCGUCGCCAUGCGAGAUCUCUACAUGAAAUCCGGCCAAGGUUUUAUUCUCGUCUUCAGCAUCACGUCUUCAUCCUCCAUGAGCGAGAUCGAAAUGCUGCGCGAGGAGAUCACCCGCAUUAAGGAUGAUGAGAAUGUGCCUAUCGUCAUUGUCGGAAACAAGGCCGACCUCGAGGAUCAGCGAUCCGUCCCCCGCCAGAGAGCCUUCGCGUGUUCUCAGUCAUGGAACGCGCCCUAUUACGAGACGAGCGCCAGGACGAGGACAAAUGUCAACGCCGUCUUCAUCGACAUAUGCAGACAGCUCCUUUUAAGGGAUGAAAAAUACGGUGAUCUCGAUAGACUGAGCGAUGACCGUGACUACGACAAGGACGGCAUUAUGGGUCUCGGGAAACGCAAGAAGAGAAGAACACGACGUCCGGAUGGCAACCGUUGUGUCAUUCUGUAAGCCGAAAACGGCCCCGGGCGGUACGAUGGCGAGGCGCCACAAACUUCACGCGGGGAGAAUUGUGUCUCUCUCGGGUGUUA